CUCGUCAAUUUAUCCCUAAUAAAGGAGCUUCAGCCACACAACGAAGAAGAUCCAAAUAUAUUAUUCUGAAAUCUCCAUUACAAGUCCUUGGAUACGUACGUGUUUAUAUACAUAUAUAUACACACACACUUAUAUGCUCUCGUUUAUAAUUAUCACUAAUCUCUUCGGAUCAAUUGGCUCUUUGAGAGGGUAAAACUGUAAAAAGAGACAUGCCCAUCAGCCGUAGGCUUCUGGCGGUGGCCGGAGUUCCGGUGGCCGUCGCCAUCUUCGUCGUAAUCGCCGCGCCGUACAUUAUAGCUCCGCCGCGGAUUGAGGGCGCGAAGGACGUUCUUCACAGGGCGAAGCCAAUCCCUGUGCCCGGAGAGGGACCGGAGAGCCUCGACUGGGACCCACAAGGCGAAGGUCCCUACGUCGGCGUCGCCGACGGCCGAAUCCUCAAGUGGCGCGGCGAAGUUCUCGGUUGGUCCGAAUUCGCCGUCACGUCUCCGAACAGAGAGAAUUGUUCGAAGCACGUGCCAGAGCUUGAGCAUAUAUGUGGGCGGCCAUUAGGGGUUCACUUCGAGAAGAAAUCGGGAGAUCUCUACAUCUGCGACUGCUACUUUGGCGUAAUGAAGGUCGGUCCCGGUGGAGGAUUGGCCGAGAAAGUCGUCGACGAGGCCGCAGGUCGUAAGGUCACUUUCACUAAUCACAUGGAUAUCGACGAGGAAGAAGAUGCCAUUUACUUCACUGAUAGCAGCGAUAAGUACCAAAUCAGAACCGUAUUCAACGCGUUUAUGAGUGGAGAGAAGACGGGAAGAGUGAUCAGAUACGACAAGAAGACGAAAGAGGCCAAGGUUAUAAUGGAAAACCUUCACUUCCCAAACGGUCUCGCCCUGAGCAAAGACGGCUCGUUCGUGGUCGUGUGCGAGCCACCCUCCCUCCUCGUCCACCGCUACUGGCUCAAGGGUCCAAAGGCCGGCUCACGCGACGUCUUCGCCAAGCUUCCUGGUUAUUCCGACAACAUCAGGAGAACUGCCGAUGGAGAUUUCUGGGUGGCAAUUCACUCGAAGAAAGGAGUGUUCCCACAGUUUGCGCUAAUUCAUCCAUGGAUAGGGAAGUUCCUGAUGAAGACGAUGAAGAUGGAGCUGAUGGUUUACCUCUUCGAAGGCGGGAAACCUCAUGCAGUGGCCGUGAAGCUGAGCGAGAAGGGGGAGAUAAUGGAGAUACUUGAGGAUAGUCAAGGGAAGACGAUGACGUUCGUAAGCGAGGUUCAAGAGAGAGACGGGAAGCUCUGGUUCGGUUCUGUCUUCAUGCCUUUUGUCUGGGUUUAUGACCUUAACUGAUUAUUUUGUCUUUUAUAGUGUUUGUGUAACUUGUUUGGUUCUCAGACCGUCGUCCUAAAUAAUAACUUUCAACCGUUUUCUUUAUAUUAAUUGAUUGUUAAAGCUUUCCUUAA